AUGGAGCAAGCCGACGCAAACCAGAUGGAUAUUUUUGCGGACGUUGACCCGCGCCGAUUAUCGCAAAAUCGUGCCAGCGUACCAGGCGUGUCUAUGCCAAAUUUCGCGCAUCGAGAAGGAGCAUCAGCAGUACCGCCGAUGAUAAUCCAGCCGCCAUCGCAGCCUACGUCGACGCCAUCGCAGCCUACGUCGACGCCAUCGCUAAUCAAUGCGUCACCAGCCAUCAUUAGCAGUGCGGAUAGUGCAACGAUGCUGCAAAUGAUGAAUUUGCUUCAACAGCAAAUGGCACAACAGCAGCAGCUGCUUAAUGAUUUUCUUCACGCGCGCAUGCCGAGCCAAUGCGCCCCACCCACCACGUUGCAGCCUGAACAAAUAAUUGAUACUCUGUCUCACCACAUUUCAGAGUUUCAAUACAACAAGGAGACUGGUAUAACCUUCAAAAGCUGGUUUUCAUGCUAUCUCGACCUGUUCCAGAAGGACGCGGCAAGGAUCGACGACGCAGCCAAAGUGCGAUUGUUGCUGCGCAAACUGGGACCAUCCGAGCACGAUCGCUACUUAAGCUUCAUCAUGCCGAGCCGCCCGCCGGAUUUUUCACUCGAGCAGACUGUGGAAAAACUUACAUGCCUGUUCGACACCCAAGAAUCGCUGCUGAGCAAGCGGUUCAAAUGCUUGCAGAUCAUGAAGACGCGGACCGAGGAUCAUCUCAGCUAUGCGUGUCGAAUUAACAAGGCGUGUGUCGAGUUCGAGCUGAAGAAGUUGAACGAGGAAGAGUUCAAGUGUUUGCUGUACGUGUGCGGGUUGAAAGACGAGAUCGACGCAGACAUCAGGACGCGACUGCUAGCCCGCAUUGAGGACAAGGCCUGCGUGACCUUGCAACAGCUUUCUUCAGAGUGCCAUCGGUUAAUCAACCUGAAAAAGGAUAGCGCAAUGAUCAAGGCACCGGUACCAGAGCGUGUUCUAGCAGUAAACACAAAAAUGCAUCGCGCACCACGUCAGUUUCAACCCAAGCGCGACAAUCCUACUACCCCGUGUUGGUCGUGCGGAGGGUUGCAUUGGAGCCGCGAUUGCCCGUACAAGCAACACCGAUGCACAACUUGUUCCCGGACGGGCCACAAAGAAGGUUAUUGCAACACCAUAAGAUCCCGUAAGCCCGGCAAACGCCCCUGGAAGCAGCGUAAAACACAAUUAAGGAUGGUGACAGUGAACGUCCAGAGUGUACAGCAACGGCGCAGAUUCGUGUCGCUUACGAUGAAUGGUACACCGGUUCGUAUGCAGUUGGACACGGCUUCCGACAUUACUGUGAUAGAUCACACAACGUGGAAGCUCAUUGGCAGUCCCCAGUUAGCAGCACCAUCCGUAAUCGCUAGAACCGCCUCAGGUGCUAACCUAUCCUUGGAAGGAGAGUUUCCGUGCACUGUCGAAGUGAAUGGACAGGUGCUGAUGUUAUCGACGCGUUUGCUCUAUGGUCGGUUCCGAUGGACAGUUUUUGCUGCCACGUUACAGGUACGUCUACCACGCCGAAGCAAUGGCAAGAACGGUUCCCAACAGUCUUUCAAGGAAUAG